AUGGCUCCUACUGCAAAAAUUUUUAUCGAAGACUUGAACUCCAGCAAAGACACAUGGAGUUUGCAUGCGAAGAUUGUCAGGAAAUGGCCGGUGCCCAGAAAGAUCCCUCCUUAUGCUGUGUGGAAGGUAUCCAUGCUAUUAGUGGAUGAACAGGAAAGUAGGAUUGAAGCAUUUACCACUCAGAAAUCACUAAUUAGACGUAUCAUUGAAGAACUUCGGGAGGGGGUAGUGUAUCAUUUUGAGAACUUUGAAGUGCUCCUUAACAAAGAUGAGUACAAGGUUACAGAUUGUAAAUAUAAGUUAAGCUUUCAUUGUUCAACAUCGAUCGAGGAAAGUGAUCUUUCAAUUCCAUUUGAUGCAUUCAACUUCGUUACAAUCAAGGAUGUUGCUGAGUUUAAUGCCAACAAUGAAGACUUGAUAGAUGUUAUUGGGUUUUUACAAUCAUUUGGAGAUUUGAAGGAUCAUAAAAAAGAAGGGGGUAGUACAAGGAAGCUCAGUUUCACAAUUGCGGAUGAGAAUGAGAGAUCUGUCAAUGUGGUAGUAUUCGGUCAGUGUGCCAAUGAAAUAUUUAGAGCCAAAGGGGAAGACUUACAACCACCUAUUGUUGUGCUCCUUCGUUUUGCAAGAAUCAACAGGGGAAAAGGUUUCGGACAUUUAACUAAUCAGUUUGAGGGGACCAAGGUAGUUUUCAAUCCUGACCUCCCUGAGACCAAGAAACUACUUGACAGUCUUGAAGAUAAUCCAGUUGCAAGUCAAAGUUUAUCCCAGGUAUCAAGCUGUGUCAUUGCAACUGCUACAAAUGAGUCACUCUUAAGUUUCCCUUGCAGGAUUAAUGUAGCUCAGAUAAUGAACUUCACUGAGCCAUGUGAGGUUGUCACUAAGUUGGUCAUUGAGAAGCUUGAAACAGCAUAUGGUUGGAAUUACGAUGGAUGUCCAUGUGAUAAAAAACCAUUCUAUGUCAAUGGGAAACUUAAGUGUAGCGCAUGCAACACAGAAGUCAAGAUGACUGAACCCAAGUUCAAAGUUCAUUACAAAGCAAGGGAUUCCACUGGUAAAUGUUCAAUCAUUUUUUUCAAUCGCUUAGCUUCUCAGUUAUUGAACUGUGUUGCUGCCGACCUCAAGGAUCAAAUGAUUAAGAUGGGCAAGCCUAUGGGAUUUCCUAAAGAGCUGUCCGAUUGCAUAGGGAAGGAAGUCCUGGUCAAACUUAAAAUCAAGGACUUCAACAUCGGUCACCCGAAUAGUAGCAUGGGUGUCUCACAGUUUUCUGAUGAUAUGCACAUAAUCGAAAGGUUCACAUAUAGCGAAUACCAGGAAAAUCCUCCAACUCUAACUGAGGCUUCACCGGUUGAAUCGAGUGCGUCAAAAUCCUCUCCAAAAAUUGUCCUUGUGGAGGCAGAAGAAGAUGAUGACCUGACUGAUUCACAGAUUGUCACUCCAGAGGACACUAAUGCAAAGAGGAGGAAACUGAGCAAAACCAUCUCCCAAGCAGUUGAUGACGGUGAUGAUCAUGAUAAGGCAUAUCAGAAUAUCUCAUCAGUUGAAAUGCAGAUGAAGGAAUGCCGAUCUCAACAUGAUGGCGCACAGAACAUAAUUCAGGAUCAUUUCUCUAUAAGGUCUAAAGCGGUUUAUGAAACUCCAACGAAACCAAUUUUACCCGACAUUACUAAUUCCCAAACGCUUUACAAAGAAGGAGGCUUUGAGGUUAAUCCAACUUCAUUUGCAAAUCAUGCUCCACCGGAAGACAUUCAAUAUUUCUCAACCAAUGGGGAAAGAGCUUUUUGUCCCAAGAGACGUCGUAUUGAGAAUGUCUCAAGUCUUGCUGAGAAUCUAACCCAUGAGCUUUAUCAUGACACCAGAAGAGAGGAUAUUUCAGCCUCAGAAGGUAUUCAAGGAGAUGACCACUUAUAUGAUUCAUUUAAUAUCAACCUUGAUGGCUAUCUUGAUGAGGGAAAUCCAGAAUUUGAAUGUCAAUAUUGUGGAGCUAUGCUAUGGUUCAAUGAGAGAAUAAAGAGAGCUCCAUCUAAUGAACGGCCAAUUUUUUCAAUAUGUUGCUCCCAUGGUAAAGUGUCUGUACCUCAUUUACAGACUCCUCCUGAACAGCUCCGUAAACUUUUCUUUGACAAAGGUGAUCCAAAAUCCAAAAAGUUCCAAUCAAGCAUUAGAGCAUAUAAUAAUAUGUUCUGCUUCACUUCAAUGGGAGGGAAGAUUAACCAUUCUCUAAACAGUAAUGGUGGGGGACCUUACACCUUUGUCAUAUCUGGACAGAACCACCACUAUAUAGGUAGUUUAUUACCUGAAGAAGGAGCUAAUCCAGUGUACUCUCAAUUAUAUAUUUAUGAUACGGAGCAUGAAAUAGCAAAUCGGCUUUCAGCAAUCAGGCAUGCAUCUGAUAUACUGAAGAGGGAUCGCCAUGCAAAUGUCAAGAUUUGCUUGAUAAGGCAUAUGGGCCCUGACAAUAGAUGUUAUAAUCUUCCAACAUCAUCAGAAGUUGCUGCACUAAUAGUUGGUGAUUUUGACAGAUCAUAUCACAAGAGAGAUAUUGUUGUGGAAAAACAAGGGACGCUCAAACGAAUAGAUGAAUUUCACAGGUCAUACCUACCAUUACAGUACCCACUGUUAUUUCAUUUUGGAAAUAAUGGUUAUGAUCCAAAUAUUAUGCACUCUACUCAAUCUCUCUACCACACAAGGAAGAAGAAAAAAUUGACUAUUAGAGAAUAUCUAGCAUAUAGAUUGAUGAACAGGAAGAAUGAAGAGUCUGUUAUUUUGCAUGCUAGAAGGUUAUUCCAACAAUUUAUUGUUGAUGGCUACACAAUGGUUGAAAGUGAUCGAUUGAAGUACAUAAGAGAUCAUCAAAAGGAAAUAAGAGCCGACCUAUACAAGGGAAUCUCUGAUGCUAUUACAAGAGGUGAAACAAAUGCAUCAAUGAUUGGAAGAAGAGUUGUUCUUCCAUCUUCAUUUACAGGUGGUGCAAGAUACAUGGUGAACAAUUUUCAGGAUGCAAUGGCAAUUUGUAAAUAUGCAGGUUAUCCAGAUAUAUUCUUAACAUUCACUUGUAAUCCUGCUUGGCCGGAAGUAAAGCGUUACUGUACCGAUUAUGAGCUUAAUCAAUCAGAUUGUCCGCAAAUUUUAUCAAGGAUAUUUAAAUUGAAAUUAGAUGCUCUCAUGAAAGUUAUUAGGGAACAAAAAAUAUUCGGCAAGAUUAGGGCAGAAAUAUACACAAUCGAGUUUCAAAAGAGAGGAUUGCCCCAUGCUCAUAUCAUUCUCUUCCUUGAACAUGAUGACAAGCCCAGAACACCAGAAGAUGUGGAUAAAUUAAUAUGUGCAGAAAUACCAGAUAAAGAGUUAGAUCCUGAGUUAUAUGAGCUCGUGGGUAAUUACAUGAUUCAUGGUCCAUGUGGACACUCUAACAAGAAUUCACCUUGCAUGAAAGAUGGAAAAUGCUCGAAGUACUUUCCAAAAAAAUAUGUCGACAAUACAGCUGUUGAUGAAGAAGGGUACCCUACAUACAGGAGGCGCAAAGAUGGAAGGACUAUAGAAAAAAAGGGCAUACCAUUAGAUAAUAGGUUUGUUGUGCCUUACAAUCCACAUUUGCUCAGAUUAUUCCGGGCUCAUAUUAAUGUUGAAAAAACAAACCAGUCAAGAGCAGUCAAAUACCUUUUCAAGUACAUUAGCAAGGGGAAUGACAGAGUUGUUGCAGGGAUUUACAGCAAUCCUGAUACAAGUAGCUCAGAAACUUCAUUCGAUGAGAUAUCACAUUAUCUCAAUUGUAGAUAUGUUUCACCUUGUGAAGCUGCAUGGCGUAUAUUUGCUUUUGACAUUCAUCAUAGAUAUCCUUCUGUCGAGCGUCUAUCCUUUCACUUGCCAGAACAGCAAGUAGUCUACUACUCUGGGAAGUCAUCUGUAUCAUCAUUACUAGACAAGCCAAGGAUGAAAGAAUCGAUGUUCUUAGCCUGGAUGGACUUGAACAAAUCUGGUGGGCUUGCAAAAACAAUGACAUACAUACAGAUUCCACAAUACUAUACUUUUGAUAAGAAUCAGAGAAUAUGGAAACCAAGGCAACGAGGAUUUGCAGUUGGGAGAUUAGCACAUGCAUCACCAACACAGGGAGAGAUCUAUUAUUUGCGGGUUCUCCUCACCAAAGCACGAGGACCUAAAUCGUAUGAGGACAUUAGAACUGUCGAUGGUAUUAUCCAUCCAACUUUUAAAUCUGCAUGUUAUGCCCUUGGUUUGCUCAACGAUGAUCAAGAAUUUAUUGAUGCAAUCAAGGAGGCCUCAAUCUGGGCAUCUGGACAUUACCUCAGAAAAUUCUUUGUUAGUAUGCUACUUUGCAACUGCUUAUCACAACCACUUUUAGUUUGGCAGAAAUCUAAGCAACUUAUUUUUGAAGAUAUGUUGUAUGUUGCCAGACCUCAACAACAACUAUCAGGAAUUAGUAUAACUGAUGAUGAGAAGGAGGAAGUUGCACUGAUUGAAAUUGAAAGAUUACUCAAGAGGAACGGGAAAUCUUUGAGUGAUUUCCCUUCAAUGCCAAAGCCAAAAACAGAUACACAUAUUGAUAUGAGGAACCAUUUAUUAUUGCAGGAGCUGAACUAUGACAGAGACAGCUGUAGAUCUGAAUCAGAUAAGUUAAGAGCUUCCUUAACAGAUGAGCAAUUGAAUAUAUUCAAUGAGAUCUUGAAUGCAAUUGACUCAUCAAAUGAAAAUUUCUUUUUUGUUUAUGGUUUUGGAGGUACUGGGAAGACAUUCUUGUGGAAUGCAUUGACUGCAACUAUUAGGGGAAGAGGUGAAAUAGUGAUAAACGUUGCAUCAAGUGGGAUUGCAGCAACGUUAUUACCAUCAGGCAGGACAGCUCACUCCAGGUUUGCAAUACCAAUAGAUAUAACUGAGGAAUCAAUGUGCAACAUAUCACACAACUCACCAAUGUCUAACCUCAUUAGAAAUACAAAGUUAUUCAUAUGGGAUGAAGCUCCCAUGGUUAGGAGAUAUUGCAUUGAAGCUGUUGAUAGAACAUUUAAAGAUAUCAUGAAGUGUGACCAUCCAUUUGGGGGAAAGUGUGUUGUCAUGGGUGGAGACUUUAGACAAAUAUUGCCGGUUGUUCCAAAAGGAGGCCGUGCUGAUAUUGUUGAUGCAUCAAUCAAUUCAUCUGAACUAUGGAAUCAUUGUAGAAUGUUUCAACUUACGAAAAACAUGCGCCUAUUAUCAAGUGGAGAUCAUGGUGACAAUUUGAAAGUCCAACAAUUCUCAGAGUGGUUGCUUCAAGUUGGUGAAGGUAAAAUAGGACUGCCAAAUGAAGGUGUUACAGAUAUUGAGAUUCCAAGUGAGAUACUAAUCCAAUCAUCUGAUAAUCAUAUUCAAUCCAUUGUGUCUGUUACUUAUCCAAACUUAAAAUACCAUAUCAAUAAUUCUGAAUAUCUGACCAACAGAGCAAUCCUUGCACCAACUAUUGAAGUGGUUGAUCAAAUAAAUGAUCAUGUUUGUUCAAUGCUUGAUGGUGAAUAUGUAGAGUACUUCAGCUCAGAUUCAAUAACUGCUGCUGAUCAAGACGUAGAGUUCCAAGAAUUAUACACUACUGAAUUCUUAAACACCAUCAACUGUUCUGGUCUUCCUCCUCAUAGAUUAGCAUUGAAAGUAGGAUGUCCUGUCAUGCUCAUCAGGAACAUUGAUCAAGCAUCUGGUCUUUGUAAUGGGACAAGACUUCAAACUACUUUCCUUGGUAAACAUUUCAUCAAAGCUAUAGCAUUGAAUGGCACAAGUGUUGGUCAAGAAGUCCUCAUCCAUCGUAUGGAUAUGAAUCCAUCUGAAACUAAGCUUCCAUUCACAAUGGUAAGGAGGCAAUUCCCCCUCAUUAUUUCAUUUGCAAUGACCAUAAAUAAGAGUCAAGGACAAUCAAUGACUAAUGUUGGUUUAUAUCUUCCAAGGCCAGUAUUCUCACAUGGGCAGCUGUAUGUAGCAAUGUCAAGGGUCAGAAGAAUUGAUGGUCUAAAGGUGUUGAUCGUUGAUUCGAAUAAUAAAUCAACCAACAUUACUACCAAUGUUGUAUACAGAGAGAUAUUUCAGAAUGUUCAUUGUCAUUAG